AUGCGCAGAAGCAUACACAGCGCACAGAAUGCAGAGGAUGUGCAGCGCAAUAAGAACAAAGCGAUAAAAUUACACCGAUAUUUUUCUUUAGUGUUCUUUUUUAUAUCAUUUUCUAUUUUUUUAAAUUCUAAUUCUUGUUCACUUUCAUUAUUGUUUUUGUUCUAUUGUUCUUCUCGUCUUUUUAAUUCCUGGUUUCUUUUCUUCUUGUACGUGAUAUUGUUUGAUUCUUAUUCUUGUUUGUUUUUGAUACUACUUCAUAUUUAUUUAUAUUCUUUCAUUCUUGUCCAUUUUUAUUCCUGUUUUUCCCUCUUCUUCUUCUUCUUCUUCUUCUUCUUCUUUUUUGUCUUUGUUCUUCUUUUAUAUUCUUUUGAUUUCUUGUUCUCUUUCAUUCUUAUUCUUUUCCGAUCAUUUCCUUGUUAUUUUUCAUUCUUCUUCCAAGUCUUUUUUCUUCCUUUUUCUUUUAUGUUCUUAUUUGAUGCAGAUUUAUUUUUCUUUCCAAUCUUCUUUCAUUUAGUAUUAUCUUUCUUAUUCUUGCUUUUUUUAUUCGUUCUUAUUCUUGCUUUUUAUUAUUUUUAUUUUUGUUUUUUUUCUUGUUUCUUUAUUCUUAUUCGUGUUUUUGUUGUUUUAUUCUAUUCUUUUGUAUUGUUUUUUUUAUUCUUUCUAUCUUUAUUCUUCUUUCUUUCUUUUCUUUUCUAUUUUAUUUCUUUCUUUUCUUUUUUCUUCUUUUCUUCCUUCCUUACUAUUCUUAUUUUGUUGUGUUUUUCUUGUCCGUCUGCUUUUAAAAAAUAUAUUCUUUUUUUUUUUGUUAAUUUUUUAUGUCUUGGUCUAUUUUCCUUUUCUAUUUGUUUGUUAAUUUUUCUCUUGUUGUUCUUGUCUUAUUUUUUCUUUCUUUUCUAUUUUUCUUCUGUCUUUUUUUUCUUUCUGUCUUUUUUGUCAUUCUUUUUUUCUCUUCUCUUAUUAUUUAUUCAGUUAAUUUUUUCUUUCUUUUUCUUUUCUUUUUCAAUUCUUCUUCGUAUUUCGGUGUCGCAUUCUCCAUCUUUUCUUAUAAAAUUUUCCUUUUUCCCUUUGUUUUUUUUUAUUUUAUUUCGAUUUCCUUAA